AGUGCCAAAUUGACGUUGAAGAAAUACAAACAAGAUGUGGUCAACUUUCGGUUUUAUCUAUUCCGUAGUUAAAUGGAUAAUUCUCAUGGUAUUUCUGACACAUUGCGUGACCUUCUGGCUCAGAACAAAGACAUACUUAACAGACGAUGCAGAGAUUGCAGCCAUUGCAACCAAAUACGCCCAUACAGGUCAGGGAGUGGAGUUUGCCUAUAGUAAGAUCAAGACGGAGCUACGUAAGCGUUUCCCUGGACACAUCCUGUCCGAGGAGGAUGAACAGUGGAUGUUUAUGAAUGCUGGAGGUUGGAUGGGAAGCAUGUGUAUACUGCAUGCAUCCCUGACGGAAUACAUUUUGUUCUUUGGAACCGCUGUAGACACUUCAGGAAACUCGGGAAGGUAUUGGGCCAAUAUUUCAGACACAAUACUGACCGGGUCAUUCAGGCAGUGGAAGGAAGGGGAACUGUCCUCCAAAGUGUUUGCACCAGGAGAAACUGUUUUCCAUGGCUGGGGCGAAGUGUCCGCUGUCCAAUGGAAAGCUGGCACAUGGAUGGUGGAAUAUGGCCGCGGAUUCAUCCCUUCCACAUUGGGUUUUGCCUUAGCGGACACAUUCUUCAGCACAACAGACUUUGUGACACUGUUUUACACAUUGCGUGUAUAUAGCAAAGCAUUGUUAAUAGAAGCAGGAUCUUCCAUUGAUGAUUUUAGAGUCUAUUUGAAGGAAUUUUUAUGAUUUAGAAUUAUUUUGAAACAAAUCGGCUUCAAAAAAGAUCUCAUAUUCAUACUUGCUAACUUUUUGAAAUUUCCAUUGGAUUACAUAGAUAACACAUGUUCAGAAUUAAAACCAUAAAUAAAUAUGUGUAUGUAACCCCAAGGAAAAAAUAACAAUUUUAAAUGGCAUAUUUUGAGCUGUUCUUUCAGAUGAAAUCAGCAGAUCUUAGAAAGUAGGACCAGAUUCAGACUAAGCAAAUUCACUGGUUAAAAAUGCUCAAUUUAAGGGUCCAAAGAUGGGAGUCUCCCUCCUAAAUAGGGAGAGUUGGCAAGUAUGCAUAUCAAUAGCAGUGCUGAGAUUUUUAAAAUGCAUGGUGAUAUUCUUAAGUACUGGUACUUAUCUGUUAAUAUAAAUUUGGUCAUUUCUACUUUUUGAAGAUUAUAGAUAUGUAAACCAUCCAAAUAUCAUAAGAUAGUAUAAUUUUUCUAACACCAAUUUCAUUUGAUAUAAUAAAAAUACUGGUAAUGUAAAAUUUAAAUCAAAAAUUUCAUAUUAUAUUUUAGUUGGAUCAGUUAGGAUUUGUAUUUUGUAUAAAUAUUCACACCAAUGUUUAAAAAUUCAGUUACAGUCCCUCCAAUAGUGGAAAUUUCAGUUUUGGCGGUUUGAAGAAUCCUUGAAUAACAUAUUUAAGGAAAAAAAAAAUUUUUAAGGUGAGAAAAGAAAUGCGUUCAAAAGUUUUGAUAAAUAACAACACAUAGUUGGUAAAUCUUUGUUCUUUAAAUAUGUAUUUUAGAAUGAACAGAAAUGAAAACUGGUAAAGUGCUAUAUUGUUGGAGGCACCUCAGCUAGAUCAUGCAUAUCAUCUUCUGGUUUGACACUGUCUGGAUAAAAGAUAUCUCCAGACUCUUAUUAAUUAUUGAACAGUUUAGUUUUGAUAUAUGACCUCACUGAGUUAAGUGUUUUGAUUAGUUAUAAUUAAAACAGCACAAAAGAUCAGGUUGUCGGAAAAUAAUCACUUUUAUAAAUAAUUUCAUGACACGCCCAUCUUUUGUUGUUUGAAAUGAACAGAUACCUUAUAUGGGGUCAUUGUCUUUAACCUUUCAUCCCUAUAUAACUUUAUUAAACUCUACCAUGCAUUGAUCUGGAUAAGUUCAUUAUGGUCUACAAUGGUGAAAGGGUUAACGCAUGGAUAUACACUUGUCAACAUUUGUUGACAGAUGACGGGUGUAAAGCUGUAGAUAACAAGACACUUGGAGGGGGGCAGGUUUUCCCUGUUUAAAUAUGAUAGUUUUCGGGGUUUUCUAGAGUGUUUUCAAACAUUGUCAUUAUUUUAUUGAAAACUUCAUUAUUUAUCUUGAAUCAACUGGUGUUACCAGUUAAGAAAUUGUGAUGAAAAAUGGAAAAGGACUUUAAAAUGCAAUGUGGCAAUUGAAACCAGGUUUCAGAAUGUAAAUGCUUGCAUCUAUUAAUAUAUAUUUAUACAUUUAUAACAAAUGGGUAUAAAAAUUAUUGAAAAAUACUUCCUCUGAAAGUCCGAUCAGAUGUGAGUAUACGAAAUGAAAUCCAAAGGAUCCGAAUGAUACACAUAAUUGGUCAAGAAAUUUUUCUAUUUGUUGUACAUGUAUCGUUUUAUCAGUUUUAUAUAUUUAUAUAUUUUUGUACCUGGAAUUUUAUGAACGACUUGAUUUGUUAUUAUACCAAACGUUUUAGAAGCAGUAGUUAUGUGCUCUACAGAUUGAAAAACCUGUAGAAUAAAAAAAAUCCAAUAAGUAACAAAUGCAAAAAAUAUCUGAUCCUAUAUAUAUGAAUAUAAUGUUCCUUUUUAGUUCUUUCAACUCCAUUCCGAAUCGCGUUCAUUCAUCUAAAUGUACAUGUAUGUGUUCCUUUUGCUCUUUGUCACCGUGAUAAAAUCUCAUUUAGCAAAUAUGAUAGAUUUCCAUCAUCAGUGUAUCCAUUGAAGUGUUGAUGAAUCAUAGUAUUUUAGGUGAUUCCUAACACUAGUUAUGAAAACAGUGACAGAAUAUUUUUUCGCAGAUUUGCUAAGCUCAUUCACCCCUGACGACACAUUUGAACUCUUCCAAUUCAAAGGUUGGAAUAGUUCAUUAAGAAAUUUCAGGGGUGAGAUGAGUUUUAAAACUAUCAAAUUCACAGGAUCCACUUAACACAGAUUUAAGGUGUAGUGGUCAUACCACAUAGUGCUAGGGUAAGGGUGGAUUAAUUUGUUAUUAAUUUCACAGUAAAAUAAAACCUUGUUAUACUGCCACCAUUAUUUGUCCAGAGAAAUUUUGGUGUUAUAAAGGGGUUUUGUGAUAAAUUGAAAAUUUGUCAAAACCAUUUUUUCAAUAGAGAUUAACCUAUCCAAAAACUGUAAUAUAAAGUUUGUAUAAAAAUCAUUGUAAUAUGUAUUAAUGAUAUUAUUGCUGCUACUGUAUAUUGUAUGUAAAAUGCGUUUUCUGUGUUAACCAAUUUAUCUGUCGUAACAUGGUAUCCAUUAAUUGUCUGGCAACCAUUGGUCAAUGUUAUUUAAAA